AAGAACAUUUGCGCUUGCGAGGGCAUUUGUCGUUGGGUCAACGGGCAUGGAGGAUAAGAAGGUGAAAGGGUGGGCUUACCGCCCUCGCUGACUACUGCGACAAUCUGGCUCGCCUACUCUCAGCAGCCCAGGCGUAUCGCUCUUCGCAACGAUGAUAAACCUACCAACAAAGACGGGCGUUGACGGACUUACGGGCACUGCCCUCAUCGGCGUCCUCACAUCUGUCUGCAGCACUGGCUUCCUCCUCUUCGGUUACGACCUCGGUGUCAUGUCCGGUGUGGUCAUUUCCAGCUAUUGGCUAGAGCAGAUGGGCAACCCCUCCACAAUUAUGAUGAGCACCAUCACCGCCCUCUACGACGUCGGUGCGGUCAUAGGCGGCAUCGCCGCUGCGUGCACGACGGAGCCUCUGGGGAGGAAACGCACGCUCAUCCUCGGCACGACUAUCCUGCUCGUCGGCGUGAUACUCAUGGGCUCGUCCUACGAACGGAUCCAAAUGAUGUUCGCACGUGUGGUCACAGGCAUUGGAAUUGGGUAUAUAACGUCCGUGACCCCAGUAUACCAGAGCGAAAUCACUCCGCCUGAGCAUAGAGGAUGGCAGCUGUGCUGUCAGCUGACGUCCAUGAUUGGAGGGAUCGUGCUCACCUACUGGGUGAACUAUGCCUUCUACUUCUACUCUGGUCCGAUACAGUGGCGGUUCCCCCUACUCUUCCAGGGCAUCUUCGCCAUAUACGUGAUAUUCCUGACGAUGUUUAUGCCCGAGACGCCGCGGUGGCUGAUCAGACACGACCCGACGCCCGAGCGCGGAAUUGAGGUCCUCGCCAAGUUACGAGGACUGCCGAAGGACCACCCGGUGGUGCUGAAAGAGGCACAGGAGAUUAUCGAAGCGAUCGAGAUCGAGUGCGACGAAGAAGGGACCUGGACGGACCUAUUCAAAGGUCACGGUAUCUCGGCGGACAAGAGGCUCUACCUCGCGCUCGGUAUUCAGUUCAUGCAGCAGAUGACAGGGAUCAACAUCGUUACGUACUAUGCGCCGACACUCUUCGAGGUCAGCCUUGGCAUGUCGCAAGAGCGAGCGCUCUUCUUCGGAUGCUGGCUCCAGGUGUGGUACAUGAUUGCAUCCUUCGUCACGUGGUACACAAUCGACCGCGUGGGGCGGCGGAAGCUCUGGAUCAGCAUGGCCCUAGGGCAGAUGAUCGUGCUUGUUCUCGAGGCAAUCUGCGUCGCAGUGGAUAAUCCAAGCUCGAACAUCGCCGCGGUGUUCUUCGUAUUCUUGUACGAGACAUGCUUUACCUGGGGAUGGAUGGCGACCGUGUGGGUAUACCCCGCGGAGAUCCUCCCUCUCAAGAUCCGCGCGAAGGGUGCUGCGCUCGCCACCGCCUCCGACUUCCUCGGGAAUUUCCUCGUUGUCGAGAUCACCCCGCCCGCGCUGCAGAACAUUGGCUGGCGGACGUAUGUCAUCUUCGCCGCGCUGAACCUCGUCAACGCGAGCCUCGUCUGGGCGUUCUACCCCGAGACCGCUGGGCAGACGCUCGAGUCAAUCGACAUGCUAUUCCGCGAGUACGGGCUCGAGAAAGAAGAGGCAAAGCAAGGGAAUGGCAGCCAGGACGGUGACGUGCAUGCGGAGACGAGGCGCGGAUGGACUAGUGCCUUGCAGUGGUCGGUCGUCCCGCGCGCGGACGCUGCGGUGCAGCGGGUCAGGAGGGAGAAGAGGGUGGCUUCCAGCGUCGACGCUGCCGAAAGUGGGCAUCGAAUCGAGCCGGAUGCGAGGGAACAAAGCAUGACGGAAAGCGUGGAGAAGAAGAGCGCGGAGGAGCGUGUUGAGAGGGUGGUACUCUGAGGCCCAGAUCGCAAGCCCUCUUCUUCAGCUGCGCAAAGAGAGUAGCCUUUGAGUGCAUCGUGUUGAUCGAGGUACGAAUACAGGAAGUCUGGUACAUACAGUUGUAGAAUAGAAUUCAUGGCGCCCGGUUGACAGACGUGACACUGC